UCAAAUCAUCUUCGCUUCUAGAACACUUUUUUUUCUCCAUAGACGAAUCAGUUCCUUGAGCACAGACCCCUUAUGCAUAUGAUCUUCAUUUUUGUACUUUUACACCGAUUCAAGAACAUCACGCUUUUGUUCAAUCUGGUUCACCUUCCCGAUGAGUCCCCACGAAAUUCGGCAACGCACCCACUAGCUACACUUCUACACUUCUUAAACUUUCAAAUGCGAUAGUAUAAGCCAAUCGAUUAGCUGAUCUAGGUAAAUAUUUAAAACAGAUUUCUUUGAAACCACUCUUGUUUUGUUGAAUAUCUCUAAUUACAUUAUCGAUCUCGGAUCUGCUUGUUUCAUCUGAUAUACAUUUUUUGAUAUCUGUUAACGAAUCUCCUUCUAUCUCAACCAUAUUGACUCCCAUGCUCCUGCCCAAUUUUGCCGCUUAAGAGCACACAAGUGCUUCCACGGCGAAUGGGGACACUACCCCCAUGCAGUGUUGAUUUUGAGAUAAUAACAUCCCCCCUGUCAUCUCUGAUCACUACACCCGAUCCCGAUCUACACUCUUUGGGAUCAAAAGCAGCAUUAAAAUUUAUUCGUAUAAAAGGAUCUAUGGGGGGAAUCCACUUUGAAAUGGCAUAUUUCCUGGGCUUUGUUUCUUUCAUUUCAGGUUACCCACAACACACAUCAUGUCUUCCUACACAUGCCAUUCGAACCAUUCUGAAAAACCCAGGGCAGUCCCGAAACACAUGGUCGAUCGUCUUUGGACCCCUACCACAUCUAGGGCAAGCUAACUAAACUUUGAUUCUUCUGUGGUAAAGAUUAACUAGAGUAGGCAAAAAAUUCCAAGAAAUUUUCCAUGUUGUAAUUUUAUGUUUUGUAGUUAAGCUUAAAUUCCAUAAUUUCCUAUAAAAGCCCUUUGUGGCAUUUUGAAGAA